UUUCACGAGAUGCUCGCGGCGAAUGCAACGGUCCCGAUUCUGCGACGACCCGUCAUCUCGUCGUCCGGGCACCAUGUCGGAGUUCUCCUCCAACGACGAUUCCGUGCUGGACGGCGCCAGCGUGACGCACGACUGCCGGGUUCGCACGGCUGACGGUGGCGAGUUCAUAGCCCACCGGGGUUUCUUGUGCGCGUUGAGCCCUGUCUUUCAGGCCCUGUUCUGCGUCGACUACGGGGGCCGCAGAGAUGUCCUUCUCCACGACGUCACGGCGUCCACCAUGGACGCGUUGUUUGGCUACCACUACCUAGACAAGCUGCUCAUCGAUGAGGAAAACGUGACUGAGGUCCUGGCUGCGGCCGACAUGCUGCUCAUGGACGAGGUGCGCAGCCUGUGCCUGAACUACAUGCUGCGCAACAUGGACAUCGAGAACUGCCUGGGCAUGGCCACCUUGGCACGGUGGUACCACUGCCCUAACUUCAGCCACGCAGUGCUCAGCUACGUGCGUGAGCACUUCGACCAGGUGUGGCGCACAAGCGACGAGUUCCCGGAGGUCUCCGAAGGGCUGCUCGUUGAACUGCUUGCCUCGAACGAGCUGAACGUGCGGAACGAAGCGGACCUGCUGCAAGCAAUCGUGCGCUGGUCCUCGGUCAGAAAUGCGUCGUCCGCCAGCGAGGCUGGUGCCGACCUGUCGAGGCUGCUACAGUCGGUGCGUGUCGGCCUCUGCGGAUCAUUGACGGUGGAAGACUUCUGCCGUUUGUAUCCGACGCUGGCGUGCAGCCGCUCGUACUGCGACGUUGUGUGUGAGGCACAGCGGCAAGGCCCCUGUCUGUGCUCGCCCAGUCCGCUGCUGCUGGUGCAGUACGCAGCCCGCCGCUCGGACGCUUGCACAGCGCGCCCUUCGAUCGACGGCAACGGUGACAACGGCAACACCGGUGUGAGCGACGUUGUUGCCGCCGCUGCACCCCGAAGCCCAGCGCUACCGCAGCGUCAGUGCGAGCGUUGCGGCGUGGCGCGGAACCCGGAGCGCUGGCUGCCACGCAUGCCGUACGAGAUGCUCUUCGUGGUGGGCGGCUGGAGCGAUGGCCAAGAGCGGGACGCCAUCGAGACGUACGAUCCCAGGGCCGGAAGGUGGCUCAUGAAGCACAUGCAGGGAUUCGGGCCCAGGGCGUACCACGGCGUGGCGCUUCUGGCAAACCGUCUCUACGUGGUCGGUGGCAUGCGGGACAGCGAGUAUCUGCGCUCCUGUGAGUGCUUCGACAUCGAGAGCUGCACGUGGGAGACCUGCACCAUCCUGAACAUCGCUCGGGGCUACGUCUCCGCCGUGGCCCUGGAAGGCUACGUGUACGCCGUCGGAGGGCGCAACGCCAGCGAGCGCACAGCCUCUGUGGAACGCUACAGCCCGCGCUCCAACCAGUGGACUCUGGUGUCCGCCAUGAGGAGAAGGCGCAGCGAUGGCGCUGCCUGCGCCUUUAAAGGCAAGAUAUACGUGAGCGGCGGCUUCAACGGCCAGAAGGUGCUGACGAGCGUGGAAGAGUACACGCCCAGCCGCAACACGUGGUGCCUGGUGCGGCAGCUGCCCGCUCCACGCUGCAGCCACGAGAUGGCGGUGCUCGGCGGGCGCAUCUACGUCAUCGGCGGAUACGACGGCCGCCGACGGCUAAGCUCAGUGUUGGCCAGCGGAGAGGGCGAUGGGCCGCUGUGGUGGCGCUGCGUGACUCCCAUGAGGACAGGCCGCAGCACCUUCGCCGUGGCGCUGUUCGAUGACGAGCUGUACGUCAUCGGCGGUUUCGACGGAACGAGCACCACAGCGGAGGUGGAGCGUUACUCCGCGGCCACCGACAGCUGGCGUCCCAUGGUGUCGCUAAACGAAGCGGUCUCUGCCAUGGCCGCCUGCACAGUGAAGGGCCUGAACGUCUCCAGGCGCCUCUCCGCCUGCGCCGAGCGCUAGCCGCCUCGGCGUCUUCGAUGAAUUUGAAUAAGAAUGGUUUUAUUUUUGUGAAAAUUUGUAAUUGCAGGCGUGCUAUAUUCGCUCAUGCAAGGCUCGCCGUUGCUUAAGAAGCCCCCUUCCCUCAUCUCUUCCUCCUUGUGAACGCACACUAUGGAGGAAAUGUAUGCAAAUCCGAGAAACUCGAUCAUCGGAGACAGCGCAAACUAUAUGGACGUGAGUUAUCGCACACUAGUCAUGGGAGAGGGGUUUGCUUCUGAGGGAUGGA